AUGAACGCACAAAACUUUGGCACUAUGAUGGGUGCGCAGCAGCAGCACCCGCCGCCGCCGCAACACCAACGCCUGCAGCAGGUCAUACUCACCCAACUGCGAAAUUCGCAUCGUCCCACACCCGGGCAGUGGCAGGCCUCCCUGAAUGCGGAGCAGCGUGCAGGCAUGCUUUGGAACAUCUAUACCGCAAUAAGGCUGGCAAAGCCCGACGUGCCAGACCAGCAAGUUCUACAGAUGGCUUUCGGGAACGAGAAUGAGCGCUUCGUCAAGGCUCAGAGUAGAGAAGAAUACAUCAAGGCCGUGAAGGACCUGUUGACGCGCCUGCAGAGCAUGCGCCAACAAAACAUGCAAGCUGUGCAAGCAUCGCUCAUGCAUCCCGGCACCAAUGCUCCAAACCCCCAGGCCGGCAUGAUGCCCCAGACUCCGAUGCAGCCUAGUGGAUCAAACCAAGGCCAGAAUGCAUUCCAGCAACCAUUUCCUCCUCAACUGCAGCAUCAAAUGCAGGCUUCACCGCUGCCCAUGACCCAGAACCCGUCAUCUAUGGGCAUGGAGAACCCCGGCCUUCAGCCUCAAGCUCAGCAGCAAACCAUGCAGCAGCAAAUGCCUAGAGGGCCCCAGCAAUUCACUCCAGAGGAACAGCAGAGGCUCGAGGCCAUGACAAGAACAUUACGGCAAAGGAUGACACCGGAAGAGGAGGCACGGAUCAGGGCCCAGAUUGCGCAGUUACCUCCCGAAAGGCGGCAAAUGUUGGAAUCGCGAGGCGUGGACCCGGUCAUGCUUCAUUGCCGAAACCGAGCGCAAUCGAUUCUUAUGAACAUGAAGAAAGGCCAGCCGAUGGGGCAAGGUGGCCAGUUUGGGCAGCAGCAAAACCAAGGUAUGGGUCGAGGAGCACCGAACCAAGGAAUGAUGCAACGGACCCCUCAAAUGGGCAACGUACAGCCUCAACAGGGCGGCAUCCCAGGAAACGCCGACUUUGACUUCGCCCAGCUCUCCAAUCAGCAAGCAGAUGCCAUGCGCUCUGCCCAAGCAGGGCAUGACGUGGUUCCUGCAAGCAACAACGCCAACCUGAAUCAGAUGGGCGGUUUCAAUCCCAUGGGUGGCGGACAACCUGGACAAGUAAACGGCCAAGGCAUGGCGCCUGGCCAGAACAGAAAUCCUGGCCAACAACCUCCGUUCAGUAUACAGCAGGCGCAGCGAGAGAAUGCGAUCCGGCAAAUGCAGGCACAGGCCGCGCAGGCGCAAGCGCGUGGCCAAGGCGUCCCUCAAUCGCAAGCACAAGCCCAGCAAAUGGCUCUCCGCAACCAAAUGGGCGGCUUCAACAUGGGACCAGGCCAGCCUCAGAACGGCGCGAUGCCGAUGCUAACUCGACCGAUGGUACCGCCGGGACAGCAAGGGAACGCAACACCGCAACCGAGGCCGCAGCAACCCGGUCAGCAGAUGCCCCAAGGUAUGGGUCAAGGGAUCAAUGCCGCACAAGCCGUCCAAAUCGCGCAACAAAGAGCUGCGGCCGCUCAAGCUCAAAUGCCCGGGGCCCCGCAAGCCUCUCGAGCAAGCCAGAUUCCCGCCGACGUCCCACUCCCUAUCAGGUCGAAAAUGAUGGAUCUUCCCGACGAGCAAUUCCGCAUUGUUCUUGGAAGAUGGAUUACUCAGAAGCAACAAGGUGGCUGGGCAGGCAAUGCGAACGUUUCUCAACCAGGCCAACAGAUGACUCCACAGGCCCUGCAAGGUGGUCAGCCAGGAGGCCCUAUGGGCAUGGGACAGAAUUUCCUGCAACAGAACCAACAGAUGGGGAUGAUGAACCCUGCUCAAAUGCAACAGCGUCUCCAGCAAGAAUUGCUUCGAAGACAGCAACACCAGCAGAACAGCCCCGCUCUGAACCCUCAAGUCCUUCAGCGCAUGGAUCAAACCGCCUUCCCUCCAAUGGUAACCCAGAGCAUGAGAAAUCAAGGAGUCAAUUUGCCGGAUAACAUCAGGUCUUGGGGCCAGCUGAAAGAAUGGGCGUCCAGAAAUCCCAGCGUCAUCUCCAUGGACAAGUUGAGCGAAUUCCAGCGAGCCCAGUUCGAGAGGAUGACGCAACAGGCUCAGCAGCAAGCACAGCAACAGCAGCAGGCGAACAAUGCAGGCAUGCACGGACUUCCUGGGGGAUUGCCAAAUGGAGCCGGUGGCGCUCUUGGCCCUGGCCACCCGAACGGGCAGGCUCCUCAAGCGCCAAUGAUGGCCGGUGCAGGCGGAAACCACGCGCAGAUGCAUCAACAGAUGAGCAUUGCCACGCAACGCCAGCGCGUUUUUGCCCUUGCUCAGCAAAUCUCACCGCAGGACAUCCAGAGGAUCAGGCAACAGCAAGGCCCAAAGGUCGCCAACCUGUCAGACGACGCAUUGAGGCAGCAGAUUGCGAUGAUUCGGCUGCAACAGCAGAGACAGUUGCAACAGCAGGGUCCGCAGCAGGGCAUGAUGCCACAGGUACCUGGUGGCGGUCUCGCCAUGCAACCGGGGGCAAAUCUGCAGCAACCGCAGCGACCUGGUCAGCCUCCUCAGCCCCAGGCCACUCCUCAGCCGAAGCUUGCACAGCAGCCCCAAGCGCCUCAGAGGCCUGGACCGCAGCCUGGUCAAGCACCGAACGCUAUGCCCAAGAUGCCGCCCCAGAAGGGUGUCAAGAGACCGUCGAGCGACGAUGUUGUCGAAGUUCAAGAUCCUGCCAAGAACCAGGCCCCGCCCAUGCAGCCAUCCCAGUCGCAGCAGCGGCAACCGCCCAUAAGCAAGGAGCAAUUCGCCUCGCUGAACCCGCAGCAACAAGCCGCCGUUCGCCAGUCUAUGCUUCAAGCCGCUCAAGCACAAGGCAACAGGCAGGCUCAGGCUGUGGGCAAUAACGCGCAGGGCCCUGCUCAGCAGGAAGCGCUGAAACGACAGUUCUCCGCCAUGAUGCAUGAGACUAUGAAGAACAUGGAUACCAAACAGCCGAUUCAGGAUCUCUCGCAGGGAGUGAAGGAGCAGAUGGCGGCUGAAGUGCAGAAGGCUCUGACAUGGAUCAACAAGCUUGACUCGAUCAUGUUCGUGGACUGGCUCAAACAUCGGGACAAUGAUCGCGCAAAGAACAUCAUCCAAGUCCGCCACUUGUUGAAUACCCAACUGGAUCCUCAAACUAGGAGACUCAAGGACAACGUCUCUAUACCCCCUGGGACGCUCCAGAAGUUGCUCAACCACAUCAGCUCCUACAUCAGGAGUGUUGUUAGCGAGAACCAGAACCAUAGCGACAAGACUCAGUCCCAAGCCAAUGGGCAGGAAGGAGCCCAGCAGCAACAGCCAGGCGCUGCAACCACCCAAGGUGGGCAGGGGGCGGAGCUCAAUGCCGUCAACUUGGAGAAGCUGCGACAGGAGCAACUGCAACGGUCCCGUGCGCCUUCCAACGCUGGGGUCAAGCCGCCAGCCGCUCCAACUUCUGCUCAGCCACCGUUCUCGUUCGGUGGUGGCCAGUCUCCUAAUGGUGCUCCCCUUUACGCUCCUAACGCUGCGAACCCACUUACUCCGGAGAAGCUCAAGCUGCCGCAAAACAAGAAGAGGAAGACGGCCCCCGGCAUGUCUGCCACAUCUACACCGAGCCAGACCCCCGUUCAGACAACUUCGCCAUUGGUAGGCAAUAAGCCAUCUCCGGAGAUGACCAGGCGCGAGGGUCUUCAACAACAACAAGCGGUACCCGCGAAGCCACGCUUCCUCUGUCCGCACCCCGCUUGCGACCACAGUGCGAGGGGCUUUGAGACGAAGGAUGAGCUCGAGAACCAUGUGAAGGACGCGCACGCCAAGGUGGAGGAUCCCCUGCAGUUUGCCAUCGACGCCGUCAAUGAGGGGCUGGGUCUCAAUCCCGAUGGAACCGCAAAGCCGAAGGCAGAAACCAACGCUGUCCUCCGCGGCAAGCCGGCACCUCCGAUGCCGAAGCAGCAGCUUGCCACAAAGCCCGGUCAGACUCCCCAGAUCAAGGCAGAGGCGGGUACGCCUGCUACAGGCGCAGGAGCUACUCCAAUGAAUCGUGUCCCAACGCAGAAUGGUAUCAAGAACUCGCCGUCAGCCAGCUUCAAGGUUUCCCAAAUGGCUGUCAAGGGCCAGACUCCUGGCUCUAGCGGCGCUCCGGCCAUGCACCGAACGCCCAGUAAGGCUGCGAAGGACACAAACAAGGCUGCUGACGUCGCCAUGGAAGAUCAAUCGGCCCCGAAGCCGCCGGGGAACCCUUGGGACGAAUGUCCGAUUUCUUCAGAUCAGCUGCAAUUCAUGUUCGCUGAUGAGGACGUCGCCAAGGCUAUGCUCGAGCUACCCAACAGCGCAUUCAUAGCAAAGGAGGAUUUGGAGCGAGAAGAGAGGCAGAAGAACAAGGAGAAGGUAGAGCCUCGCAGCACGACCCCUGCUACUACUCCUUCCCCAGCUUCGACUAAGGAUUCCAAGGAGACGGGCAGCAGCGACAUCAGCGAAAACGACAAGCUCAACAUCACCAUCGCGAGCGACGAUGCCGAAUGGAACAAACGUGCUAUGGACGCGGAUGUGGAUUUCAGCAGCAUGAUGGACUCGCUUUUCGUGCUCGACGAAUCCAACAACAUGACGGUCCCGCAAAACGAGGACAAUCAAGAGAUGGUCGGCCCGUACGGCUUCUGGCGAGACAGCCUCGGCCCGGCCAACGACAAGCUUCCGGGCUGGGACGCGGCCGAUCUUGGCGCAUCCUACGACUUCUUCAACGCCCCUCCUGCCCCUACCAACGAGCAGGACCUCAAGGACUUGUUCGGCAUCACGAGCGGUAUGGAUGGUUUCGAAGACAUGGGUAUGGUGGGCUAG